UACUGCCAGGGGAUGAGUCAGAUUGCGGCGGUGCUGCUUAUGUAUCUGAAUGAAGAGGAUGCUUUCUGGGCACUGGCCCAGCUGCUGACCAAUCAGAGGCAUGCAAUGCACGGGUUCUUUAUUCCUGGUUUCCCAAAACUCCAGCGGUUUCAGAGUCACCACGAACAGAUUCUCAGCAAGGUGUUUCCGAAACUAAAGAAGCAUAUGGACAAAGAAGACAUGUCUACUGGGAUCUAUACCACCAAAUGGUUCCUGCAAUGCUUCUUAGAUCGGACGCCGUUCACCCUCACCUUGAGACUAUGGGACAUCUACAUCCUGGAAGGCGAACGAGUGCUCCCAGCCAUGGCCUAUACUAUACUGAAAUUACAUAAAAGUACGAGUCCUCUUAAUGCUUCACAUUAUAAGAUAUCUUAAUUGUGUUCUGCUUAUGCAGUGAUAGAAAUGACCUUGAUACUUUGUUUUAUGACAAUUGUUAAUAUGCACAAAGUUCUUAGACUUAAAAUCAAUCACGGUUUUCCAUACUACAUACGUUACUUAUUUUAGAGGUGUGGUCUGAAUCUCCCAUAGGUUCGGUCCAUCUGUUCUGCUAUGCACUGCUUGUUUAUUGAGGUUGCCAUUUAGACAAUAAUCGAACAUUCUGAUACGACACCACCAGUGUUGUAGGCAGUUCUAGCACACACCGGCUGCUCAUAGGCGGGUCUAGCACACACCGGCUGCUCAUAGGCGGGUCUAACACACACUUCUCCUGCCACAGAUGAGAUUCAGAACUCUAGACUUGUGAUACUAAAAGACUAGACUACGUCACAAACACAUCUAAAAUUUAACAACACAAACUGAUGCAUUUAGGAUACAAAACUCCAGAUGUUAAUUUAGAUAAACACAUAACUCUAUACUGGCAAUAAUAAAAGUGGAGUAGGACUUAAACAUUUUUAUUUCAGAUGAUUAGAAGGUUGAUAAACAAUAUAAUAUAAUAAUAAUAAUACAUCAGUGCUCCAGGUAAGGUCAGUAGGGUGCUGGGUGUAUCGGAAGAGGUAUUAGCAGCAGGUAAGGUCAGUAGAUGCUGGGUGUAUAGGAAGAGGAAUUAGCAGCAGGUAAGAUCAGUAGGUGCUGGGUGUAUAGGAAGAGUUAUUAGCAGCAGGUAAGGUCAGUAGGUGCUGGGUGUAUAGGAAGAGAUAAUAGCAGCAGGUAAGGUCAGUAGGUGCUGGGUGUAUAGGAAGAGUUAUUAGCAGCAGGUAAGGUCAGUAGUUGCUGGGUGUAUAGGAAGAGGUAUUAGCAGCAGGUAAGGUCAGUAGGUGCUGGGUGUAUAGGAAGAGGUAUUAGCAGCAGGUAAGGUCAAUAGGUGCUAGGUGUAUAGGAAGAGGUAUUAGCAGCAGGUAAGGUCAGUAGUUGCUGGGUGUAUAUUAAGAGGUAUUAGCAGCAGGUAAGGUCAGUAGGUGCUGGGUGUAUAGGAAGAGGUAUUAGCAGCAGGUAAGGUCAGUAGGUGCUGGGUGUAUAGAGAGAGGUAUUAGCAGCAGGUAAGGUCAGUAGGUGCUGGGUGUAUAGGAAGAGGUAUUAGCAGCAGGUAAGGUCAGUAGGUGCUGGGUGUAUAGGAAGAGGUAUUAGCAGCAGGUAAGG